AUGCAUAUCAUCCGUUUUUCGUCUCGCUGUCCCUUUCCCUCCUCCCUUCCCUCCUCCCUUCCCCCCUCCCUUCCCUCCUCCUUUCCCCCCUCCCUUACCUCUUCCUUUCCCCCCUUCCCUCCUCCUUUCUCCCCUUCCGUCCCUCCUCCUCCCCCCCCUCCCCUCCCUCCUCCUCCCUCCCUCUUCUCCCUCAUCCCUUCCCUCCUCCUUUUCCCCCUCCCUUCCUUCAUCCCUCGUCCCCCACCUUUCCCUCCUCCCUUCCCUCCUCCCUUCCCUCCUCCCUUCCCUCCUCCCUUCCCUCCUCCGUUCCCUCCUCCGUUCCCUCCUCCGUUCCCUCCUCCCUUCCCUCCUCCCUUCCCUCCUCCCUUCCCUCCUCCCUGCCCUCCUCCCUGCCCUCCUCCCUUCCCUCCUCCCUUCCCUCCUCCCUUCCCUCCUCCCUUCCCUCCUCCCUGCCCUCCUCCGUUCCCUCCUCUCCGCCCUUCCUUCAUCCCUUCCCUCCUGCUCAUAUACCGCAACGCAAACCGUCCUCCCCCAUCCUUCACUGCACAGUCUCCGUCCCCACCCCAGCCACAAAUACACAUCAUCCACCUCCCUCCCUCACUGAACCACAAGCCACAUCCCAUCUCAGCGACGUGGUCACCUCAUCUGUGUGUCAUCAUGCUCCCACCGCUUGCAUACCCAUUCAACACCAAUCCUCCACUCCACACCCCACAACAACCCUCACAGCUACUUCCCUCCAUCCAUGGCAUCUUGAACACCCGUCUUCCCACUCCUACUAGCAAUUUCUCAAGUCCAGCUGUAAGCCGAUGUCAUAUGCCUAUCCAAACCCACCCAAACGGACCCAAACCCACCGUAUCCCUCACAUCACAGGUAUGCCAUGGCAUCUCGAAGGCCCUUCUCUCCCCUCCUCCAAUCCGCCGUCUCGCUCGGCCAGCACCAGCUGUACGGCAGCAUCAUCCUCUUUGCUACGAGCUUCCUGGAAGAUUCCAAGCACUGCCACCCAGACCGGACCUGAUCUACUUCUGGGGCUACUUCAUUGCAAUGAAUUCCGUGCGGUUCGUCCUGCCGUUUGCCAUCCUCUGCUGCUUCUUGGGGCACAGCACUGCAGAUGCUGCAAGGGUGAAUGCCAUCCGCAUUGGCAUUCCAUCUAGCCAGUCAUCUGUUACUGGUGGGGGCAAUGCGACAAUGGGUGUGGGUGGGCACUGCAGUGAGGAGUGUGAAGGGGUGCACUGCACUGUAGUGCACAGCAAAUGA